ACAAUUCUGGAAUUAUUUAUCGUUUAAAUUUCCUUAUCGUAUAUUUCUUUGCUCCUUUUUUACAUGUUAUUCAAACGGAAAAUAUCAAGAUACAAAUGUUUGAAUUCGAGAUGGACUAGCUUUCAAAUAUAAUACUUUCGGUACAUCUUUCGUAUUCAGAAAAAUGGAAUGUUAUCAAAUAUUUGUAUAUUUGUAUAGAUACUAACAAUUGGGCGUUAAACGAGUAUAGAACACUAUUAUAAUUUUGCUUUCCUCAAUUACAAAUAUAAUCGUAUGAAUUACUUCCGUAAUUUUUAAAACAUUCCUUUGUAUUAAAUUACUACUUACACGUUUACAUAUCACUUGUAAUUAAAAUAUCGACGACAGAUGAAGACUCGAGAUUUGAAUAAAAGACACUUUUUGAGAAAAGAAUGUUAAUUAAAAAUGGUUAAAACGAAGCAAAAGAAAUACGAUUUUAAAUAUACGUUAUCUUUAUUUCAACUAAAGUCACUCAAGUUACAUAGUUGAGCGAUUAAAAAAACAAUCGAAAAUUGUUAUUAGCGAUAACACGUAGAUAUAUUCACUUGUUCACAGAGGUUUGGAAGUUGGGUCUCAAGAAGGUCUCAAUCAGAGAGAGUUUGAUCUAGAGAUCGCAACAUGAGAUUCGAGAUGCUGCUGGUUACGUUGUCGACGCACGAUUAAACCUCGUUGCGCUGUGAUAAUGUGUGCGCAUCGAGCGUGUGCGCAUGGCGCGCGUGCGCGAUGCCAUAGUGCCGCUACAGUGGCGCCAGUAAUGGCGGCGGAAAACACGCGCGCACGCGAGCACCGCCGCCGGUUUGUUUCUCCACGCCUCUACCUCGCCUCCGCCACCGCCACCGCCACCGCCACCGUUCUCACGACUCGUGGGUAAGUAUCCUCACACUCCAAUCAGUCUGCACUCGCAUGUCCACGAGGUUGCUCGCACUGGCCUGGCGCAUUCCUCUCGCACUCACCCCUCGCUUGCACCUGGCUCACCACGUUUAGUGCAUUACCAGACAGCCGUACCCGAGUGAACCGAGCCACCAGUUGAGGUAGUUGUCGGGAAUUGUCAGUCGUCGAGAGGUUAGGUCAGAGUGGCCUGUUGUGGCGGGAUUACGUGACUCGUUUGAAUUUGAAUUCGCCGCGCCGCGCCGCAUCGUCCCGUUAAUUGUCGUGUGCCGGCUUUUUAACGCGUUUCGGCACGAUCAACGGACCCCGAACGUAACGUUCCAACGACUGUCAAAACAAGUUUACAGUUUGUUGACAAUUGACGCGGCUACAUCGGGCCGCGUGACGCGUGACAAUCGUGUGCGUUGAGGUUAGGUCUAUUCGUUGCCUAACGCGCUCUUUUUGAAUGGAUUGCUCGUUACGUUCGUUCGUAAUCGAUUUCUGCGGAUAUUAGUGCAAACUGCUGGUGAUAAGGACACGUUUCCUAAGAGACGGAUAAAGACCAUGAGAUCCGUGGAAAUAGAGUGAAUGUUUUCGGACGGUCGUAUUUCGUGCAGUGACUUCUUCGGUGUUCAACAAAAUAUGGAUAAUUCUGCGUACGUGCCGAAUCAUCUACCGCCGCCGUCUCUGGUUGUGUUUUCACAGUCUGGAGGGCUGCCGGAAGCUCUGAGAAUGCAAAGACCCUUCAAUCCACAAGUGACCGACUCGAAGGAUCUUCAAGUGCCGUUCAGCACCGCAGCAUCUCUCGGCUACGGCCUCCAUCACAUGCUCCACUUACCGCCACAAUUCUUGCACCCUCUGGAUCACCGUUUACCAUUUGGAGGGUUCAGGCCCCUCGGGCCAUCGGCGUUCGCUCCACCGAGCAAGUGCCUAAAAGUAGAAACCGGAAACGGGCCGGUGACCAGCUCCGGAUUGCCGAGCAUUGGCUCCCUCUCGAGUAUAUCGAACAUGUUCUCGCCGUCGUCGCUGUCCUCCGCCGGUGGCAGCGCCGUGGUUUCCGUUUCUGGAGCGGGCUCCGGUAUCGGGGGCGUCGGAGGAGGUGCGAGCACUGCGACAGGCCAAGAAAUCGCGCCACAGAGUCCAGCUGGCUCCACGAGCAGAUCGCCAACCGGCCCCGGAACCGGAUCGAUCACCAAUCGCGGCACCACCCCCGAAGAAGAAGAUCGCGACGCCAACGCUACGCCUGGCUCCGAGAACACCGAGCGCUCCACGCCCGAAGAAGGAAGACCAUAUCGACUGGGGCCUGUGUUCGGGGGCCGAUGCGGCGCGGAGGCGCUCGGGCUGGGGUUAGGGCUGUCGCUGGGCCCGGCCUACAGGUUCGCUCUGCCCCCGGGACUCGCUGCCAAGACCACCCGCUGCCUUGUAUUCGACCAAGCUUCGAACUGUCCUACUUUCCACUGUUCAAAAGGUGGCAACCCCAUGGGUAAAAAGAAAUUUCCCUCGGAUCCAUCUUGCUGUCCAGCAUGCGGAGUCACCGUGAGACCACAAGAAUUGGAGCAACACUUCGCUCAGGAACUCGAUCGACUUUAUAAGGUAUCCUCGUCAUCUUCUCGAGCGCGAGCAUCAAGGUCGAGUCUGCCACCGGGACAUCUUCAGGAUCACCCUCAUGGGCCGAUGCUUCAUGCUCCGUCGGCUGUUGAUGGGACGCCCCAUGGAAGGUGGGAGACGUACAAGAGGAUUAAAGCUAAUAGGCAGGCUAGAAUCCGCGUAAAGAAUCGGAAAAGAAAAGCGGACGAGCCUCUGUGCCCCGUUUGUAGCGAGAAACUGUCUGGUUCGACCGAGGAAUUAAAUCAACACGUUGAAAGGUGUUUGAGCAAACACAAUAAUGGCAAUCCAGCUGGUCAGAACAACCUGGACGAAGAGGAGGUGGACGUGGAAGGCGACGCCGAAACUUUCGAGGAGUACGAGUGGGCUGGACAGAGAAGAGUACGAGCUACAUCGAUGCUUGUCGGAGGAUUUUCUGCUGCGGGCCUUACAACGUCGUCGAGCAACCGUACGGGCAGCGGGAACGGAGGACCGAACCAGCAGGAAGACGAAGACGUCGACCUGGUGGUGGACGGCGACGAUGCCGCCGAAUUCGGGCCAGCGCAAUAUUCCGAGGCCGACGUGAUCGCGCCGCGUAUGGAAGGCACGCCAAGGGAGCAAAAGGAGAGAGACGCCCUUCGAGAAGCCGUAAUUUCACCGAACACACCGAAUACCGCGCACACGCCUCAAACGCCCGACCAGAUAGGUCACGGUUUGGUCGAAGUGAAGCCUGAACCAGGAACGACGACUCCUCUCGGUCAAAACGAGCAGGGCGAAGGCAUUUCGUCUUCACCCAGAAGGGAUGGCGACACCCCGGUGAUCGAGGCUCUCAGAGGCAGAAUUCGAGAACUCGAAGCGGAAAUGCGAUGUCAACCAUUCAAGUGUCUCAUCUGCAUGGAACAAUACAAGAAACCUGUAACUUCUGUCUGCUGCUGGCACGUGCAUUGCGAGCAAUGUUGGUUACACACACUGGGUGCGAAAAAGCUCUGUCCGCAGUGCAACAUGAUAACAUCACCUUCAGACUUGCGCCGUAUCUACGUGUGAAGGAGACCGUGUGCCAAACAAGAAGCCGUUAGACUUGGGGUUAGGUCUCUCUCGGACUAUCGAGUUUACAUCGCGCGAGAGUUUGAUCGGUUACCGUUCUUUUACCGAAAAGUUACGAGCCUAUCCAAUACGGUUCUUCGACUAUAGAACGAUGCUUUUUACCAUCUCUACCAGAGCUCUAACGACUCUCGCGCGACGAAAAAUCGAUAGUCCCCGGGGGAUAGUCUUUACUCGCGGAGAAAUCGAUCGUGGUAAAAAUCGACGAAUUCGAAACGUUUCGAACCUUGUAAAUAACUGUACAUAUUUUCUGCGGUACGUUACAUUUCUUCUUUAGAUUUAACAUGUACUGUUACGCAUCGUAGAGUUAGUAAAUUAUGCCUGAAAGGCGCGCGUGAAUAUAGCAACUCUAUCGAAGCAACCUCGGCUCUAUCGAUCACGUUUCGUUCGUCGUAACGAUUCAAUUAUUUGCUGCGAAUUCGAUAUAAAUCAGCGAUUAACUGGUUAUUAAGUUAUUAUGAAAGAAAUGUUACGUAAUCCCCGUGCGGUAUCGUUAAAAACAGGAAUAGUUUCACCUAAUUUCUAACAUGUGCACGUUGUUUUAUAAAGCAAUUGCAUAUUUUAGAACUGAAAGUCGUCUAGGUGAAAAUCGAAACGCUUUACAAUGUUUUUAAGACGUAAGUGUCCGAAUAAUUUCAUUAUAAUUGCCAUGUAUUACGGAUUACAUAUGUAAGUCCCUGUUCGGCUCUUAAAUUAAAUUGUUCUCGUAUGUUUUUUUCGGCAUUUCAGCUCACCAACGCAAGGAUCUGUUUUGACGCAUGGUAAAGUGGUGUAGAAUAAAUUUUGGGUAACGCUGAUCGAUAAUCGGUGAUUAUCGUUGGUGUGUUCAAUUUUACAUACGAAGUUGAAUCUGAUUCGAAUCGAGGAGUAUUCGCGCGUACCUGAGAUUUUUAGGUGUGACUUUAAACGACUAACAUCUAUCUGAAAUUUUCCCCUUCGCCGAAUCUAUCGUUCUCUUAAUCCUCUUUCGAAAAUCGACUUUAUACACGUUUCGAGUCAUAACGCGUAUGCAUAUGUAAAAUAUGAUUAGCGAAUUUGUUAAGGUUGUCGCUUCCACUAAAAUUUCUGUAACGAAGCAUGAACGACUUGAUUGCAAAAUGGAAGAAAUACAUAUACGUGUACAUUACGAAGCUUGUUACGAUUUGUUACGUGAUCUUCUCAAAAUUUGAUUUUUAAACGCGGAAAAGAAAGAUUGGCCGGGUAAAAAAAAAACGCUUAAAUUUGCGAUAAUCAAUUCGAUAACGAGUAUUAUUCAGAGUAAAUCUCCUAAGGAGACGAUUUCAAACAACGCGCAACGUAUUUGCUGUACCAAAAUAUAUUUCAGUAGUAUACCGCAGUGAUCAGUUUCUGAUUACUUUGCAUCUUCAUCGCGAUACGAGAAGGUGAGCUUCAAUUUUUUAAGUGGACUGUCCGAUAUUUCUCUCGGAAUGUCGAUAAAGCAUCGAUUACCACGUUGAAAUGAAUUAUAUCGCGUGGAGUUUAAAAUUAAUAGUUACUAGGAUAUUAUUAAAAUGAGUUUUAUUUCAUACAAGUUUCAUUUCAACAGGUGUUCACACUAUUUUUCGCUACAAAAAAUGAAAGCGCAUAGUUGGGUUAUGAACCGAUGAGAAAUUUUUUGAAGUGCCUUGUCUGUUGUGGCAUGUGCACUAAUACUGUAUUACUAACGUUAUUUUCUCAUAUCUUUGGCCAUCGUUGGUGGCUCGCGAUAAACUUAAUUUUUUAACGCUGUCCAAGAAAAGUAAUCAGGUGAGCAGGUUGGCCAUGAUGCGUUCACCACGCCCAGUCCAACAAUUAGGAAAGAAUCUGUUCAACCCUUUGCACUCCAAGCAAUUAGGUUCGACAUAUGUCGGUAGGCAAUUUCAAAGAGUUUUUUUUUAAGGCCUGUAACCAGAUAAGAAUUUUUUUCACAUAUGUUCCUAUAAGUUUCACUUGUAAUCUGAUCAAAUAUCUAUCGUCGAUAUUUAACUAUUUUUAUAUAGAAAAGAAAGAAUAAAUUUCGAAAAUGAUUGUUAACUUUUGAACAGUUAGUCUGAUUUUAGCCAAUAAAAUAUAUGUUGCAGGUAUAAUGGAACAUUUAUGAAAAAAAUUAGGGAUUGUAUCCGACGAUGUCAAUAUUUAACAAAAAACUAUCAUCGUAGAUUUUUCGAGAAAUGCAACAUCUUACCAUGUGUAGUAAUUUAUUUUAAUUAUAAAGCCUUGAAUUGGAAUUUGUAGUCAGUAGAUUGAACGCAGCUCGCUAGCCAUCACUUUUUUUCAACAUAAAAUUUGAUGCUUUAUUAACAUUUCAAUAAAAAGUAUUAGGUAUUGUAUUUAAAAAAUUGAAGCUGACCUUUGUAUUUCAAUGAAAAAAACAACCUAAUACAAAUUCUAAUUAUUGUAUUUUAGUCUACAUAUGUACCUCUGAAAACGAUGCAACUUUCGUUUGAAACAUUUUUAAACGGCGAAUGCUUCACGAGUUAUUUAAAGCCGUCGUGUCAGGAAAUUCACUCUGUAUAGUAUCCUGCUUCAAGUAUCGUGAGAUACGCAACCCAAGGAACCAGUGAUGCAAUUUCAAUAAAGCGAAGCGCGGGUGAUAGAAUUCUGGUGAAGAGCAGAAUUUACAUUCCGAAUUGUUUCCGUAUUAUUGUGAUAUCUGAAACAAUAACCAUUAUUUACAAACGUGAAUUCGGUUGGAAGGAAACAUUUGUGAAUCGGAGACCGAUAGAAUAUCGAUAAUAGAAGUUAAGAGGAAAAUUGUUGUUACGCGAAACGAAUUUCGUUCACGUUCGUUCGAUAUUUCUACAAUUGAAGCGGUAGAUCUUCGAGCGAUUCGAUCGAUAUAGAUAAUUCAAUCGAACAAAACUUACAUUUUUUUUUUUUACUUUUUCAUCAAAUUAAUGUCGAAGAGUCGGUUCGUUGUCUUUUCUUUUCCAAUAAAUUUCCGAUUUCAAGAUGUGCACAAUUGUCGACUAAGCCGGCCGGAUAUUAUUCAUUUUAGCUGGCUAAAGUUGCUAACGAAAGAGGUAGAAAGAAAGAAAAGACAUGGUAUUAAAUAAAACGGACCAAGUCGAAUUAAAAUUGAUUUUUUUCUCAUAAUUUAUUAUCCGAUUCGCGAAUAUCAUUCAUACGCGAAUGUUUUUUUAUCUCUUUAUUUAAUGACAACGUGCGGUGGAGCGGAUUUACGGAUAUUAGAUCCUCGCCACAGUCGUAUCGGAUCAUACCGUAAGUUAGCCACUAGUUUGCGUGCUCACCGUGCGCUGGGACAGUUGCGGUGUCUAGCCCUACCAUAAGUAAUGAGAGUGUGUUUUUCUUUUCGAAUGUAGCGUAAUGAAACAAUUUAUUCGAUACACGAAAAUGACCAAAGUCUUCUUGAACAAGUUUCUUCGACUUAACGAUCAAAUUCAAUGUUCAGUGGCAAAAGAUUCUUCGAUCAAUUGUCGAAGAGCCUGCCUUGCCAGAAUUCAUAUACAAAAUUUAAGUAAAAAACAUCUUCAAAUGUACAAAGUGUCAAAAAAUAAUCAUCCAUAAACAAUAUUCCAAAGUCGAAAUCUCUAUUUCUCAUAUAUCAAGACUGUCUAAUAUAGAUAUGUUUCUCAAAGAUUGAGAUUGUACUUGUAUUUUUUAAACAUUUAUUUGGAAAGAUCAAAAAACGUUUUCACCUUUUCUUGAUUAAAUCCGAUACAUACCUUAUCAUAUUCGAAAGAAGAAAAAUACUCGCGUUCUCCAAGACCAGGUCCCGAAGCUUUGCGAUACAGCGGACUUACCAUACCAUCUAAUGGAGCGGAGGGAAUAGGGGACACAUGUGGAUGAAUAUUUAAUUAGAAUAUAGAUUAUAUUAACACAUUAUCUAUCCCCAUCCUGCUUAUAAGCUUUUUAAUUCCAGUGUUUACCUUCUGGAAUUUAUUCACUGUGUUGUUGGUUGUGUAUUUACAAUGUUCAGUUUUUGGAAAUAGACAAAACUCGCGAUGAAGUUAAUUGCUAGUCUAAAUUGAUAUAUAUUAAUGCAGUAAAUUCUCUUCUAAAGUGUACACUCUUUUUGAGUAGACUGUUGAUUAAAGUGUCAAACUAUCGUCAGACCAAUAUCUUUAAAAUUUGAAAAAGAUAACAUUACUCGUUGGUAUCUUUAAUGUGCGCCCCUCGGCCUAUCGCGUCACUAGGUGGUAUGUUACGCUCAUAGUUUAGAGUUGGUCUUGGAAAACACUGGCUUAUGGGAUGUUCCGAUACAUCGAUCGACGGCACAGGCGGAAAUCGUGUCGAGUCCUCGACGGAAACACGUCGGUUGAUUUGAUUUUUACGUGAUAUCGAUUAAUAGGAAGAGGGCAAUCGAAAGUUGUCCAUCCUUCUCGAAACGAUUCCCGCAACGUGUUGUCCAGAUGCAUUUUGCGUUUAACGAUAUUCUCGUCUUAACAUUUAAGCAGGCAGCUCGAUCGAGAUUGAUCGGUUAAGAGAGAAGGACUUGCGAGUCACCCCGUGCAAUCGUUUCGAGAGACUGAAACAACGAUGUCUCGUCUUUCGAAACGUAAUCGACUUCGUUUCUUUCUCUCUUCUCGAUCAAAGUCUACGAUCGAGGAAUCGUCCCGUCGCGCACGUCGGGGAUGUUCUUGUAAAUACACGAACCAAACAAGAGGACAAAACAAACCAACUACCUGUUGUGAACGUUGUUCUGUAACCGAAAUAAAGUGAUCCUGAAAUGUACAGCGGUCA